AUGAGUUCUAUUGGUACAGGAUACGAUUUAUCCAAUUCUGUGUUCUCACCAGAUGGAAGAAAUUUUCAAGUUGAAUAUGCUAUGAAAGCAGUCGAAAAUGGAGGUACUUCAAUUGGUAUCAAAUGUAAAGAUGGAAUAGUUUUGGCCUGUGAAAAGAUUAUAAAUUCCAAAUUAUUGGUUCCAGGAAAGAAUAAACGUAUUCAAACCAUCGACAAUCAUAUUGGAGUUGUAUAUUCUGGAUUAUUACCUGAUGGAAGACAUUUUGUUAAUCGUGGAAGAGAUGAAGCUCAAAGUUUCAAAUCAAUUUAUAAGAAUUCUAUUCCUGUACCUUAUUUAAUGGAUAGAUUAGGAAUUUAUGUUCAAAAUUAUACUUGUUACAAUUCAGUUAGACCAUUUGGAAUUGUUUCAAUUGUUGGAGGAAUUGAUGAAAAUGGUCCUCAUUUAUAUAUGAUUGAACCAAGUGGUAGUUAUUGGGGUUAUAGUGGAGCAGCUACCGGAAAAGGAAGACAAACAGCUAAGUCAGAAUUAGAAAAAUUAGAUUUUGAAAAUUUAACUGUUGCUGAAGCUGUUAAAAUAGCUGGUAAAAUAAUCAAUCAAGCUCAUGAAGAUAAUAAAGAUAAAGAUUAUGAAUUAGAAAUUAGUUGGUGUUCUUAUGAUACUAAAGGUAAACAUGAAUUCAUUCCUGAUGAUUUAUUACAAGAAGUUCUUAAAUUAUCUCAAGAAGACGACGAUGAAGAUGAUGAAAUGGAAUCUUAA